AUGAGAAUUGAUAAUUUUCGAAGUGAAGCCUGUAAGAGAAUGCUCCUUUAUCCGAAGAGUGUCAGAGAUGUCCAGUGCCAAAGGCUUAAGGUUAACAUAAAUCCUACCGAGGGAGAGAGGUUCUUUAAGUGUUCGAGUUUCUCGAACUGUAGGCUGUGCAGUAACUUCAGCACUAGUCGAUGUCGUCGAUGUGGAAACUUGAUGAAGGAGGAGAUUUAUGAUGAAUCACAAGUAAAAGCUGCAGAAGAUAACAUGCAAAAUGGAGUGUUUGUCAGCGGUGGUGCCUCUACUACAUUCAUCAUAACUGAUGAUAUGGAAGUGUCUGUUAAGUCCACUGGUCUUGUCUUGGAAAGGCUUAAAUCCUUAGGGUUUGCUGAUGUUAGUAAGCUCGAGGAAAGGGUUGUUGGUAUUGGUUCCAAAGAAUUUUGUCUUGAUCUGGAUCUACCAGGUGUGACAAAGUCUUAUGAAACGAUAAGGCCAUGUAUGGAGAGCAAGAAAGAUGAAGUUGAACCAGAGAAGGUAUUAUUAUUAACUAUAAAUGCAGUGGUUAGGAAGAAGGAUAUGAAGAUUUUAUUUGUUGACUGCGGAGAUGAUUUUGUUGAGCUUCUCUUGUCUUUUCUUGCUGUACCACUGGAAUCUGUUUGGGAGAUAUCUGGAAACAGUAUUACUUUAGGUUGCUUAGCAAACUUGUUCAGAAGCUUCAAGGGCUUGCGUGUUAAUCAAGAAACGAAAGAUUCCAAAGUAGGCGUUGUUCUCCCUUGUUUUUAUAGUUUCAAGGUGGAGUUGCCUGGUAUCAUCACUCUCCAACCACUUGUUUACUACCGCUACGUAUAUUCCUCUUUCAACAGACCAGCUCCAAUAUAUGCCUUGACUAGAGACUCAAAUAAGAUUCCUUAUUUUCGUAAUGACAAACUUGUGCCUGUGACUUUAGUGGAUCCAAAAUCCCAUGGGAACGAUCUUUGUUCCGGGUUCUUGAAGAAAGAGACAAAGUUUACGGUGUCUGAUGAUCUGGUCAUUACGCCCAUGAGCUCCUGUUUGCUUGCUGAAGAAGUUGCAGACUAA